AUGGGGCAAAUGAACGAAACAAAGGGUUCACUACUUUUAGCAUGGCAGGUGAAAGACAAACACUGUCUUGUGAUUGGUGCAGGUGAUGUUGCGCUUUCAAGGAUACACCACUUGAUUAUAGCUCAGGCCAAGAUAACGGUGGUUACGGGUAUAACCAAGGAUGUGCAUCCAGAGAUACUAGAUCUAAAUUCACAAGGCAAAAUUCACAAAUUGGUGUUGAGAAACUAUGAGAGCGAAGACUUGAGAAUGUACGAGACUGCAAGCCCGAACUUGGACUAUACGAAAAUUGUUCCUGGAGAUCACGAAGAGGUUGCAAACCUUGUAAAAGAAUCAUUUGUCUGCGUGUGUUGUUGCAUCGAUGACUAUAGUUUGAGUACCAAGAUAUAUUACCAAUGUAAGGUACUUCGUUUGCCUGUAAAUAUAGCAGAUAAACCUCCAUUGUGUGAUUUCUACUUUGGAAGCAUGAUCAACCAGGAUAACUUGCAAAUUAUGAUUAGUACAAAUGGAAAAUCACCAAGGUUAUCCAAACUUAUAAAGGACAACAUUGCAAGAGAGUUCAAAGGCGUGGAUGUUAAUAAUGCUAUUGAAAACUUGGGAUUGAUUAGAUCGAGGCUAAGAGAGUUGAUAUUGAUAGAUGACGAUUUGGUCACCAUUGAUACGCGUAUGUCUUGGAUAAAAAGCUUGACAGAUUUUUUCACUAUCAAACAAUGGAGUAGCAUCAAGUUAAAUAUAGAAGAUGAAGGCUCACCAUAUAAGCAAGUGGAUAAAAUAAUCAAUUGCUUUCCGGGGUUUCCUCCUCGAGACUUUGAUGAAUUUGUGAAAUUUAUAAGUACAUAA